CGAAGGUGACGACGACGAAGAUUCGACUGAAGAAAACAUUAAUGAGGAAAAAAAACAAAAAACAACAACAAAUAUAGAAAGCAAGAAAAGUGCGCUAGAACGCGCUCAAACUUCAAAAGAUCAGGAAAUAAUAAACAUGGGUAAGAGGAACCUCGUAGCUCCAACCUCACCCAGGCCUCUUCCAGCCGGCCAGGAUAACGACAGCAACUCAACAACAACCAACAAUUACAGUUUCUAUAACCGCCCUCACAACAACAACAACAAGCACACAAAACACGAUGCCAACCACAUCAUCACGACACUCACUCCGUCAAACAUCUUCGUCGACUACAAAGACCAACAAGAGUUAGAGAAGCACCAGAAGAAAUCUCAACUCCAAAACCUUCCCCCACACCACCAUCACCAUGGUUACCACGGAGAAAAUUUGGGAGCUCUCCAAGAAUUCACCGACGACAUAGACAGGCAGCGACUGGUCUUCAAGAACGGCGAAUGCAACGUCAACAGAGCCAACAUCAAGAAACGUAGACAAAGAUACAUGGCCGACAUCUUUACGACUCUGGUCGAUAUUAAAUGGCGCUGGAAUUUGCUCAACUUUGUUUUAGCUUUCAUGCUAAGCUGGUUCAUAUUUGCUCUUCUCUGGUGGCUGAUUGCUUUCUCGCACGGCGAUCUAGAUGCCAAAUCUAACGAUAAAAAAUUGUGCGUUCAAGAGGUGAGAGAUUUCCUGACAGCCCUCUUAUUCAGUAUUGAGACCCAGCAAACUAUCGGCUACGGCAGUCGGCACACGAAUCCUCACUGUGCCGAAGCGAUACUGGUCAUGAUGUUUCAAUCUUGUUUCGGUGUUAUCAUUCAGGCCCUGAUGACGGGUCUGGUGUUUGCCAAACUAUCUCGUCCGAAGAAAAGGGCGGAAACAUUACUGUUCAGUAAGAACGCUCUUAUCUGUAAGAGGGACGAGCAAAUGUGCCUGGUCUUCAGAGUCGGUGACAUGCGCAAAUCCCACAUCGUCGAAGCUCACGUGCGAGCAAUAAUGAUUAAGAAGAGAGUGACCCAAGAAGGUGAGGUCAUACCCCUGUACCAACGUGACCUCAAAUUAGGGGAUGGUGAAACCGAAGGGCGUCUCUUUAUGGUCUGGCCAGUGAUUGUCGAGCACCACAUCACUGAGGACAGUCCAUUUUGGAGUUGGUCUGCCGAAGACUUGAAGCGAGAAAAAUUCGAACUGGUGGUCGUACUGGAGGGCAUCGUGGAAUCAACCGGGAUGACCACUCAGGCCAGGACCAGCUACCUCCCCGAAGAAAUCAUCUGGGGACAUCGGUUCGAAAAAUUGGUAACAUUUCAAAAAGAAACGAACCAGUAUUUGAUCGAUUACUCAAGGUUUCAUCUAACCGUUUGUAUCGACAUACCAAAAUACAGCGCUCAGCAACUUGAAACAAUGCGUCAACAGCACAUACAUACCUCAAGCAGCAACAGUACCAGCAGCAGCAGCAGCUUACGCAGCAGCAGCUUUUGUGACGACGUGCUCAUUGACACUUAUGAAGACGAAGACGCUUUCGACCACGAUGCACAUUCGACAACGUCAGAUCCGAUCAUUCAUCGUAGUGAUUCUCGAAAAUACAACUCGAAGAAAAGAAGCGAGAGUGGCUGCGACACCCUCGGCCCAAUGAGAUCCUUGCUGCAUUCGAACGGCAUUGCAGGGGCUGCCCUCUUGGCGUUCGAUCUUCAGAAUGACGACUUGAACUCGACUUCCAUCGGCGGAGGGAGCCAAUGACGGCCUGCUUUCAUGGCUUCAGACGUAGCUCGUCAUCGUUGACGUUGAUAAUAAUGAACGAUGUCAGUAUUUGAUGAAUGCAUUUUUGCUGUAAUUAAUGGCGCGUUUAUUUGUUUUUUACAGACUCCUUCACUAAAUCAUAAUGUCGAUACAAUCUCACAUGCUCACGCAAUUCUUCAUAAUGCUAUGUACCCAUGUAUCAUUAUUUGCAUGUUUGUUUAUAUAAAUAUAUUUAUACAAAGAACUAAAUAAUCGCACAGUUCAAUAAAUUUUCUGCAAUAAUCUUUUUGUAUUAACACAUAAUAACAAAAAUUUUCAACGCAUAAUUAAAUGUAAAACCUUAAUAUGUUUGUUCAAUUUAACCAUCUGAAAUCCAUCUUGAACGCUGAAUUGCAUCUCGUGUCUUCAAUUAUCAUCACAAUGCUCGACACAAAAUGUUUACUGAUAAUCCUGUAUAAGUUUGUAUAUUUGAACAUGUUUGUUUGCAAAAAAUACUUUUUUAUACAAUAUGAAUAUGGCUGUAAAUUUGUAAAUGUGUUUAUAUCUCCUGCUACAUACUUCCUUGUAAUUUGUAUUAUAUUGUACUUUAUCGUAUAAAGUUUCUUGUAAUUUGUAUUAUAUUGUAUUAUACUACGAAUGUAUUGUACCUUACGAUAUUUAUUGCUUUUCUGUU